AUGUACCAGGCUGCCGACAGCCCAGUUCACCACAUCUGGGGCAUUGCAAUCUUCGGAGUUGGCCUACUCUUUUGCUUCGGGUCCUCCACCUUGUACCAUUCCCUUUUCAUGUACCCGGUUACUGCGCGGGUCCUGCAGGUGCUGGACCAUGCUGCAAUUUAUUUUCUCAUCGCUGCAACGUACACGCCAUUUCUGCUCUUCUACUCGGACACGCCGAUGCAUGGUGACCUGCUCAAAGCAGAGUGGAUCCUAUGCUGGCUGGGCAUCGUGACGCACAUUUGCUCUCAGUAUUUUGACUGGGGUACAUCUGUUCCCUACCUCACCGGCGAGCUGCUACUGUACCUGGCCAUGGGCUGGGCGGCCGUUUUGGCCUGGGAUACUUUCAUGGCCCAGCUUCCUCAAGCUUGCUGGUCUUGGCUGAUGGCCGGUGGGCUGCUCUACACAGCGGGAGUGCCUUUCUUCGUGCUCGCAGACAAUCGGCCCAUCUACCACGUGAUCUGGCAUCUCUUUGUCGCUUUUGCUGCCAUUUGCCACUGGUUCGCCGUGAAGGAAGCGGCCCUGGAUGCGCGUCAGAACCACUCGGAGGGACCUUUCGGGCCAGUGGAGUGGUGGAUC